CCAUCCACGCAGGCGCCCUGGGCUCGCCGGAACCGCUAUAAGGGAUGUUGUUUGGGUUGGCGGCCGCUUAGUGAAGAAGCCGCAGCAGGGGCAGUCGCCGAGUGGAGGUAUUUGAGGUGAAAAUAAACACCUAAACCCUGGCGUUUACAGAAGAUGAAAGACAUCGACAUAGGAAAAGAGUACAUUAUACCAAGUCCUGGGUAUAGAAGUGUGAGGGAGAGAGCCAACUCGGUGCAGCAUGAAGAGCAGGAGGGGUCACGAUUUCAGCAUGCUAGACAUAAGAUUGAAUGCCAAGAUGCCUUGGAAGCAGCUGCUCGGGCAGAGGGCCUGCCGCUGGACACCUCGGUGCAUUCCCAGCUGAGAAUGCUGGAUGAAGAGCAUCACAAGGGCAAAUACCACCAUGGCCUGAACGCGCUGAAACCCAUACGGACUACUUCCAAACACCAGCACCCUGUUGAUAAUGCUGGGCUUUUCUCCUGCAUGACCUUCUCCUGGCUCACUCCUUUGGCCCACAGAGCAUACAAGAAAGGGGAAUUGCUUAUGGAUGAUGUAUGGUCUUUAUCAAGGCAUGAGUCUUCAGAUGUCAAUUGCAGAAGACUGGAGAGAUUGUGGCAGGAAGAACUGAAAGAAAAUGGUCCUGAUGAUGCUUCCCUCCGGAGGGUUGUGUGGAUUUUCUGUCGUACCAGGCUCAUAAUUUCCAUUGUGUGUCUGAUGAUCACGCAGCUCGCGGGUUUUAGUGGACCAGCCUUCGUUGUGAAACACCUUUUGGAGUAUACCCAGCAGAGUGAGUCCAACCUGCAGUACAGCUUGUUUUUAGUUUUUGGCAUCUUUAUGACUGAAGUAGUGCGAUCUUGGUCCCUUGCGCUAACCUGGGCUUUGAAUUACCGCACGGGGGUCAGACUGCGUGGAGCUAUCCUGACAAUGGCCUUUAAGAAAAUCCUUAAGCUGAAGAACAUCAAAGAGAAGUCUCUGGGAGAGCUCAUAAAUGUAUGUUCUAAUGAUGGUCUAAGGAUGUUUGAAGCUGCAGCUGUUGGCAGUUUGUUGGCUGGAGGCCCUAUUGUGGCCAUCUUAGGAAUGGUUUAUAAUGUGAUUAUUCUGGGUCCAACGGGCUUCUUGGGCUCUGCUGUCUUCAUCCUUUUCUACCCAGCAAUGAUGUUUGUAUCACGCCUCACAGCUUAUUUCAGAAGAAAGUGUGUAUCAACAACAGAUGAGCGUGUGCAGAAGAUGAAUGAAGUUCUUAAUUACAUUAAGUUCAUUAAAAUGUAUGCCUGGGUCAAGCCAUUUUCUCAGAAUGUUCAAAAAAUUCGUGAGGAAGAACGUAAGAUCUUGGAGCGUGCAGGCUACUUCCAGAGCAUCACUGUGGGUGUAGCUCCCAUAGUUGUAGUCAUUGCCAGUGUGGUGACCUUUUCUGUCCAUAUGAUCCUUGGCUAUGAUCUUACAGCAGCUCAGGCAUUCACAGUGGUCACUGUCUUCAAUUCAAUGACUUUUGCUCUAAAAGUAACACCUUUCUCAGUGAAGUCUCUAUCUGAGGCAUCUGUUUCUGUUGACAGAUUUAAGAGUUUAUUUCUAAUGGAAGAGGUUCAUAUGAUAAAGAAAAAACCAGCCAAUCCUCACACCGCGAUAGAGGUGAAAAAUGCUACCUUGGCUUGGGACUUCUCCCACGCCAGCGUCCACAGCUCACCAAAGUUGACCCCCAAAGUGAAAAAAGACAAGAAAGUCACCAAAGGCAAGAAAGAGAAAAUGAAGCUGCAGAAUGAGGGACAGCAAGCUGUGCUGGCAGAGCAGAAGGGCCAUCUUCUAGUGGACAGUGAUGAUCAUCCUAGCCCAGAAGAGGAGAACAAAAUCAUCCACCUGGUUAACCUUCGGCUUCAGAGGACUCUCUACAACAUUGACUUGGAGAUAGAAAAGGGAAAGCUUGUUGGAAUUUGUGGCAGUGUGGGGAGUGGAAAAACUUCACUGAUCUCUGCAAUUUUAGGACAGAUGACCCUGUUGGAGGGUAGCAUUGCAGUAAAUGGAACAUUUGCAUAUGUGGCCCAGCAGGCCUGGAUUCUCAAUGCUACGCUUCGGGACAACAUUCUUUUUGGCAAGGAGUAUGAUGAAGAAAGAUACAAUAUGGUGCUGAAUGGCUGCUGUCUAAGGCCCGACCUAGCCAUCCUUCCAAAUGGGGAUCUAACAGAGAUAGGUGAACGAGGAGCUAACCUGAGUGGAGGACAGCGCCAGAGAAUCAGUCUGGCUCGAGCCCUGUACAGCGAUAGGAGCAUUUACAUCCUUGAUGAUCCCCUUAGUGCCUUAGAUGCUCAUGUUGGAAAUCACAUCUUUAACAGUGCAAUAAGGAAGCACCUGAAGUCAAAGACUGUCCUUUUUGUCACUCAUCAGCUUCAGUAUCUUGUUGACUGUGAUGAAGUGAUCUUCAUGAAAGAAGGCUGCAUUACUGAGAGAGGGAGUCAUGAGGAAUUGAUGAAUUUAAAUGGGGACUAUGCAACUAUUUUUAAUAACUUGCAGCUGGGAGAGACACCACAUAUUGAGAUUAAUAUAAAGAAGAACACAAACAGUUCACUGAAAAAACCACAAGAUAAAAGUACCAAAACAGGGUCUGUGAAGAAGGAAAAAGUUGUAAAGAAGGAAGAGGGCCAGUUGGUCCAGUUGGAAGAGAAAGGCAAAGGCUCUGUCCCCUGGUCUGUGUAUGGUAUCUACAUUCAGGCAGCUGGAGGUCCCUUUGCAUUCCUCAUCAUCAUGGCACUGUUUGUGCUGAAUGUGGGCAGUACAGCUUUUAGCAACUGGUGGCUGAGUUUCUGGAUAAAGCAAGGCAGUGGCAACACCACUGUGACUCUGGGAAAUGAUACUGUCAUAAGUGACAGUAUGAAAGACAACCCUCACAUGCAUUACUAUGCUGGCAUCUAUGCACUGUCUAUGGCAGUGAUGCUGAUUCUGAAAGCUGUUCGUGGAGUUGUCUUUGUAAAGGGAACUCUCAGAGCAUCCUCGAGGCUCCAUGAUGAGCUCUUCCGAAGGAUUCUGCGUAGCCCCAUGAAGUUCUUUGACACUACACCCACUGGACGGAUCCUCAACAGGUUUUCCAAAGACAUGGAUGAAGUUGAUGUUCGUUUGCCCUUUCAAGCAGAAAUGUUCAUUCAGAAUGUCAUCCUUGUGUUCUUCUGUGUGGGGGUGAUUGCUGGGGUUUUCCCCUGGUUCCUAGUGGCAGUGGGGCCCCUCAUUGUCCUGUUCAUGGUUCUGCAUGUUGUAUCUAGGGUCUUUAUUCGAGAGCUCAAACGUCUGGACAACAUCACACAGUCUCCAUUCCUGUCUCAUAUUACAUCAAGCAUCCAGGGUCUCUCCACAAUCCAUGCUUACCACAAAGGACAGGAAUUUCUGCACAGGUAUCAGGAGCUCCUAGAUGACAAUCAGGCACCAUUUUACCUGUUCAGCUGCGCAAUGCGCUGGCUGGCUGUGCGGCUGGACGUUAUCAGCAUUGCUCUUAUCACAACCACUGGCCUUAUGAUAGUCUUAAUGCAUGGCCGGAUUCCUCCUGCAUAUGCUGGGCUGGCUAUCUCAUAUGCUGUGCAGUUAACAGGGUUAUUCCAGUUUACAGUUAGACUUGCUUCAGAGACAGAAGCUCGCUUCACUUCAGUGGAGAGGAUUGAUCACUAUAUCAAGACACUUUCCCUGGAAGCUCCUGCUCGAAUUAAGAAUAAAACUCCUCCUCUGGACUGGCCACAGGAAGGGGAAGUUGUUUUUGAAAACGCAGAGAUGCGGUACCGAGAGAACCUCCCUCUAGUGCUUAAAAAAGUGUCCUUUACCAUCAAACCAAAGGAGAAGAUUGGCAUUGUGGGAAGGACAGGCUCUGGGAAAUCUUCCCUUGGAAUGGCACUCUUUCGUCUUGUUGAACUGUCUGGAGGCUGCAUUAAAAUCGAUGGAGUGAAAAUCAAUGACAUCGGUUUGGCAGAUCUUCGCAGCAAACUCUCCAUAAUUCCUCAGGAACCUGUGCUGUUCAGUGGCACUGUGAGAUCAAACUUGGAUCCUUUCAAUCAGUACAGUGAGGAACAAAUCUGGGAUGCUUUGGAAAGGACUCACAUGAAGGAGUGUGUUGCCCAGUUGCCUAUGAAACUUGAUUCAGAAGUGAUGGAAAAUGGGGAAAACUUUUCAGUUGGAGAGAGACAGCUACUGUGCAUAGCUAGAGCUCUACUGCGUCGUUGCAAGAUUUUGAUACUAGAUGAAGCAACAGCUGCUAUGGACACAGAGACAGAUUUGCUGAUCCAGGAGACUAUCAGAGAGGCAUUUGCAGACUGCACUAUGUUAACAAUUGCUCAUCGCCUGCACACGGUACUGGGCUCUGAUCGGAUCAUGGUGCUAACACAGGGACAGGUAGUGGAAUUCGACACUCCGUCUGCCCUUCUGGCCAACGAGAACUCGCGCUUCUAUGCUAUGUUUGCUGCUGCGGAGAACAAGAUCUGGUGGCUGGAUCCAGAACUGACAUAUGGCAAUGCCAAGCCAUUUGUCUUCACACAGGGCCACUCAGUGUGCAACCGGUCUUUCUUCCCCUGCUUUGACACACCAGCAGUGAAAUGCACCUAUUCAGCUACUGUCAAGGCUCCAGCAGGCAUACAGGUGUUGAUGAGUGCCACCCAAAGUACCUAUUUAGAAGAGGAAGGUGUAUAUCAAUUUUACAUGGAAUAUCCAGUUCCUGCCUACCUAGUGGCUCUGGUGGCAGGAGACCUUAUACAUGCAGAUAUAGGUCCAAGGAGCAGAGUGUGGGCAGAGCCUUGCCUGCUGCCAACAGCCAUCAGCAAGCUUUCUGGCAUUGUUGAACGCUGGUUGACUGCUGCAGAGAGUCUGUAUGGCCCAUAUAUAUGGGGAAGAUAUGACAUUGUUUUUCUUCCUCCCUCCUUCCCUAUUGUUGCCAUGGAAAACCCAUGCCUGACCUUUAUCAUCUCUUCCAUUCUGGAGAGCGAUGAGUUUUUGAUCAUUGAUGUGAUUCAUGAAGUUGCCCACAGCUGGUUUGGAAACGCAGUCACCAACGCUACGUGGGAGGAGAUGUGGCUGAGUGAGGGGCUUGCCACGUACGCGCAGCGCCGGAUCACCACCGAGACCUAUGGAGCUGCCUUCACAUGUUUGGAGACUGCAUUCCGCCUUGAUGCUCUCCACAGACAGAUGAAGCUCCUUGGAGAAGACAAUCCAGUCAGCAAGCUUCAGGUUAAACUGGAGCCAGGUGUAAAUCCUAGUAAUUUAAUGAACCUCUUCACCUAUGAGAAAGGCUACUGCUUUGUUUACUACCUGUCACAGCUCUGUGGUGACCCAAGACACUUUGACUCCUUCCUAAGGGCCUACAUUGAGAAGUACAAAUUUACCAGUGUUGUGGCUCAAGAUCUUCUGGAUUCCUUCCUGAAUUUUUUUCCAGAGCUGAAAGAGCAAUGUGUUGAGAGCAAAGCAGGACUGGAGUUUGAACGUUGGCUCAAUGCUACAGGACCUCCAUUAGCAGAGCCAGAUUUAUCUCAGGGAUCCAGUCUGACCAGACCAGUAGAGACGCUCUUCAAACUCUGGACCACAGAGCCUCUGGACUCUGUUGCUGCUGCCAGCAGCGCUGACCUCACUAAGUGGAGAACGUUCCAAACUGUGCUCUUCUUGGACAGAUUGCUGGAUGGGUCCCCACUGCCACAUGAGGUGAUAAAAAAGCUUUCGGAAUGUUACUCCUCUCAGCUGGACUCCAUGAAUGCAGAAAUCCGCAUCCGCUGGCUGCAGAUUGUAGUCCGAAAUGACUAUUAUCCAGACCUUUACAAAGUCCGUCGCUUCUUGGAAAACCAGAUGUCUCGGAUGUACACAAUUCCACUUUACGAGGACCUUUGCACCGGCACCCUCAAGUCUUUUGCCUUAGAAAUUUUUUGCCAGACCCAAAACCAGCUGCACCCCAAUUUGCGGAAAACCAUCCAACAGAUCUUAUCACAGGGCUUGACUCCACUUCCUGCCAUAAACACUACAGCAGUCACUACAGACACACCAGCAAUGGUGCUGGAGGACAAAGUCUCAGAGGCCACAAAUGGUGCCAUUUCACUCAGGGAUGUUAAUGUGUCUGCUUAGAUCACCAGCUCAUGCCAGCCAUGAAGCUUGAAAAUGAGGACAGAACAGAGGAAAGAGACCAAGUGUCGUGUCCUUUGCCUCAGCGCAUCAGCUGCGGUGUGUUGUAACUGGAUUUCUCUCCCAAAACACAAAGCAUAUGUGCCUUCAAGUAUCCAGCAUGUGACACUGCCAGGUUCCAGAGAUCUCCUUCAGCUGUGGGAUGGAUAUUUUGAUUCAGUUUAUACUGGGCAGGGAUGCCUGGGCAAUUGCUUCUCCAUGGAAAGUGGCUAGUUGCCUUUCCUGAGGCUCUUCUGGAUGGUUUCUCCAAGUAUGUUGUUUGGUGGAGUUUGUUUGGGGUUUUUUUUUGGUUGUGUGGGUUUUGUUUGUUUGU